AGUUUCCAAACGCACACCAAACUUACGUUUUGACGUACGAAAUUGUGGUUACAUCGAAUUUAGCAAAAAUAAUACAUAAAAAUACUCAAUUAUUUAUUUGUGUUGCGUAAUUUAUAACAGAAACAAUAAACGAAGGUAUAAAAUACCUAAAUCUAGUGUAAUAUCAACUGCAGUGAAAUAGACUGGACAUUGAAUCAAGUGACUGCCUACGUGUUGAGUUUACUAAAUUCUAUUAAAAAAUCAUCGUAAAGAUUAUGAAAGCUUGUUAAAUAUCGGCUUAGUUAUGAAUAAGAAACUAGUGAGGACCGGCCCAAGGAUCAGGAUCACCAGACCUGCGUUAAAAUCAAGAAAAUCUGACGAUCCAGUCGGAGUUUUCGAUGAUCGAAAAUACAUCUAUUCCUGUCAGUAUUGCCGUCUGAAAUUCACUCAAAAUAGUCAAUAUUUCCGCCACAUGACUUCGAACCACGAGAUACAGCAGAAAGCAGCGACGUUUGAGUGCAAUGACUGUCAGAUAAUCUUCAAUAAGAAAAGUAAUUUGGAUCUUCAUUGUCAAACGCAUCAUCAAAUUAAGAGUAAGUCCAAAUGCGAAAGUUGCGCGAUUACAUUCAAGUCGAGGUACUGUUUACGUCGACAUCUUAAAUUGAAACAGCUAUUACAAGAAAAUUCAUGCUUUAAAUGUCAGAAAAAGUUUACAAGUAAGGAGGGUUUAGCCAAACAUGUGCAGAAUAAACAUACGUUUAAGAAUGUUACGUUUCAAUGUGAACUAUGUUCUUUAAAGUUUAAAGCUGAAGAAUCAUUGCGGAGUCAUUUAGCUCGCAUCCAUAAAUUGUUAUGAUUUUUUAGGAAAUUUUUCGUAGUUUAAGCCUCUUUUUUUUCUAAUUCUAGUUAUAGUUUAGAUAAUUUUGUACACUAUGGUACGUUUUUAGGAUUAUAUAUGAUUAAUCGGAUAAGGAUUUUCAAUCUUAACAGUUAACCCAUUGAGUGUAUUAUGAGCCAACAUCACUAUCAUCAGUUAUGACAUCUAUUUGCUUCAUGUUCAUAGUAAUAGACUGUCAUGGGGUAGGCUAUUGAUGAUGAUUACACAUUAAAAAAAAGUAUACUACUAAUGUUUUUGCUAAAAAGUUAGCCCUUUUUUAUGAGGGCAAAAAUCAUCCAAUGUUCUCCUUCUCUCGCCUCCGACAGGCUGGAGCCCUACUGGGCCGCAUCUGAUAUGUUCUAAUUGACCAUACACACACAUCACACAUCAACAGCAUAUAAGUGGCCACUGCUGACCAAAGACCUCUUCUCAUUCAGGGAAGGUUUGAGAAUUAAUCACCAUGUUUGCACAAUGCGGGUUGGCGAUUUCAAACUUAUAAUGAGAAAUUAUAAGCCCAGGUUUUCAAUGGUGUCUAAAUAAUUUUAGAAAAUACAUAUAAUUCAGAAAAGGGCACAUUGGUACUUGCCAUUGGUAGGUGCCGUUCAACCUGCACUUUUAUGCAUAAGAAACCACCGGGCCUCCACAACAUUAUUUAUAUUACAUUUUCUUUAAAAUAAAUUAUAGUAUCAAUUUUUCUGAUAAGAAAUUAGCCCUAAAUAACCUAAUAGACCAUACAACUGUCACAAAAUAUUACAAUUUGUACUUUAAGUACUGCCUGCCUUUUGUCCUAAACUGACUAAAAAGGUGUAAUGUUAUAAGGUUGAGAAUCCUAUCAAAUAUAAUUUUGUAAAUAACUUUCGUAUAAGACAAAUCAUGUUGUAAUUUUGUAUAAUUUAUAAAGCACCUACUACUUAAAACAAGAUCAAUAUGAAAUGUUUACAAAUUAACUAUACAAGUAGAGAACUAUGUGUGUUUGAGGGUGCUUUUCCACCAGAGAUGUGCUAUGCUACAUUGCUGUGGAUGCGUUUGGCUUCCACCAAUCAUAUUCACACAUAGCUUAGCACUGGUGGAAACGGACUCAGCUAAGCUAUGUUUUUUAUAUCGAAAGAUGCAUGCUAUGGAUGCAUCUUACUCACACAGCUUCAUAGCUUAGUAUCAGUGGAAACAGCAUAGCUACAUAACACAUUUCUGGUGGAAAAGCACCCUGAUGCCAUGGUGUGCGGUCACACUCCCAUCCUCUCUCUCGCUCUAUAAGGGUCAAUAGAAGCUUCUCCUCAAGAUUAUGGAGUUGCUACUCUUGCCCCCAGUAACCAGUUUAUCAUAGUCUCGCUUUCAUAGAUUUAACAGCCAGUUACCUAAUACCUUCUCAGUUGGUUUAUAAACAUUUCACAUUGAUCUUUGGCUAAGAAUAAUUAAUUAGUUCUCCCACUUUAAGACUUAUAAUUGGCUUCCUAAGCUCUUAAUAAUUAUUGGCUACUAGAUACAUUAAGUACCUAUUUGACUGCUAGCAAAUCUUCCGCUGACAAAUAAAUGAUAAUUUCAUUUUUGCAAAUAGGUUACAAUGUAACUCUAUUACACGUCAAUCUCUUAAAUAACUAGAUGAGGCCGGCAUUUCCUAUCGGACUACUCUGAGAAGAAAUGCCAAAACAAACUCAGAGGUCAUAGUCUCUUUUCCAGUUCCCAUAUAUUGUGCAUAAUUUAAAUUACUUGCUUGUUAAAUUACUUCUGACAACAACAACAUCUCACAAGUUUGUAAUGGCCCUACUAUAGGUAAAUUCUUGUAUUAGAGAUUACUUCAGUUGCUUACCUUACAGUUGAUUGGAUUUCGUCACAAAAGAUAGAUAUUUGAAGUGUGAAAGAGACAAACAAACAAACAGUUUUUGUAAUUUAUUUUUAAUACAAUACAGAUAUGUGUGCAAGGGAUUGUCCCACAGGAAACCAAAUAGUGCCUUUUAUACUGAUAUAUCUAAUAUAAACAAUAUUUUUUUAAGAACAUAAUAAUUAAUAACUAACAUAACUCAGGGUUCGAAGGAUAUAUAUUAUUAUGAUAAUUAUCCGAUAUAUAUCUAAUGAUUGUAUUACUUAACUUUCGUGAGACAUACUAAAUAUUACUUGUGAUUUAUGUGUUAGAGAGGUUCUUUCAUUGAUUAAGUUUUAUUAGGGGUUUAACUAUAAAAUAGUAACAUGAUGUUUAUCAUUUUAAUAUCAUUAUUGAAUAUCAUUUUAAAACUUGAUAUAUAUAUCACAAAUAUUUUGGUAAUUAUAAUAAUUAUCGGAUAUUUUCAAACCCUGAAGUUACUGGUGAAAUACGGGUAUAUUUAAGUGUACCUAUAUCGCAAUAAGCAAUGAGAGGCGUGAUGUCAUGUUAAUAUGAAUUCUGUUUAUUAUUUUUGACGAUCCCUUGCACAAAUCAGAUAAAUUAUAAUGUAUAAUAUGUGAUGUAAGCUAAAGAAGUAUGUAAGGAGCGUAGUAAGUGGCGCUCUGUAGUUUCUGUAUACCAUCAGAUGUAUGAAUGUGAUGGAAGCUAAAGAAAUAAUUAAAAAUUAAUUAUUUUUAACAUCACAUAAAACUAAAAAUAUAACUAAAGAGCUAAUAUUGUAAUAAGUAAUAACUUCAUAACUUUUUUAUAGUUUUUUUUUUGUAUUUGUGAAUAUUUUUCUUAUUAACUUAAAACUUAAAAUUAACAUUUUUGAUAAAUAUUAAUUUAUUUCUUUAUUAUGUAAUGUACUUAAGUUAUUAUUAAGUUGCAAAGAUUAAGCGAGAUUGUGAGAUUUUUGGUGAAUUAUCAUCAUAUCAGCAGCCUAGUUUUUGCCUUUAUACUAAAGUGUCCACUGUCCAAAGGCCUCUUCUCGCACGGAGAAUGUUUGAGCCUAAAGGUAAGCGUCCACAGACCCGCAUCGUACGCAUCGCACGCAUUUCGUAUGACUUCAUCAGUACGCAUCGCAUGUAGGCAUUGCCGAUGAUGCGGUCCGUACGAUGCGGAUCAGUGGACGCAGUUGUAUGAGUUUCUAUACAAGACAAACUAAAAUCCGUUGCGUACGAUGCGUACGAUGCGGGCCUGUGGACGCGUACCUUUAAUCAAAUCGCUUGCUUAAUGCAGGUUGGCGAUUUCAAACAAAAUAUGUAAAUAUUUAAGCAUUAAUAUAAAUACAGUUUUUAAUUCGAGUUAAUUUAAAUUUUAAAGGUGUAAAUUUAAAUUAACUCGAAUUAAAAACUGUAUUUAUUUUAAUUCUUUAAUACCUGAUUAUUCGUCACAUUAUAGAUUUAAUUUUUUUCUAGUUACCUUUUUUAUAUUAACUAAUAAUUUUAUAUUAAUGCUUAAAUAUUUUGCUCAGACGUAAUGGUUACUUAACCUGGGUCCAUAGUCAUUGUUUUCGAUACAAAAUCGUUACUAAUGAAUAGUUUAAGUAAUCAUUAAAUGUCUCUGAGUGCUGUAGUAAAGCAUAGUUCAUUUAUGGUGUAUCCAGUUAUUAUUACUUAAAACAAUUAUCCAAUUUUGUAUCUUCAUAUUUAAUAGAAAAAAAUUUAAAUUAACAUUGAAAUGAUACGCAUUUUGUGUCUAUGUGAUUUUUUUAACAAACAAUCCAAUUGUUUUUUUUUGUAUUUUUUUUAUAUAAUAUAUGUUGGCUAAAACAUACUAUCUAUCAUGGAGUAUAAAAGAAAGACUACCUUUUAUACUUUUGGUCUAUAAGUACUUAGUAAUCUUAUUAAUAAGUUUCAAAUUUAAAAUAAAGUGUACCUACACUUAUCAGGUACAAGACCGAAAGCUACAACAGCGCCCUCUAACUUAGAAAUAAAGUUCUCGAAAAUAGAUCUUUUUCUUUUAUAUUCCAUGAUUUUUGUAUCGAUCGGAUCAUUCUGUAUGUAUCCAAUUGUGUAAAAAGCGUUAAGAUUAUGUUUAAAAUAAAACCUGAUUACUGAGAUUGUAACUUAAAUUAUGUAAUAUACAUACUUAAUAAAUAAAUUAUUGUUAAGUAUACAA